GAAGGUUUCACUUCAAGCAGAGAAGAACCAUGAGGUUCCUCUUGAUCAUGAGUUUGAUCGCUACCGCCCUUGGAAUUGCUCCUGUUCGCUUUGAUAGGGAGAAGGUGUUCCGUGUGAAGCCCCAGGAUGAAAAACAAGCAAACAUCAUCAAAGAGUUGGUGAAAACCAAUGAGCUUGACCUCUGGUAUCCAGAUGCUACACACCAUGUAACUGCUAACAUGACAGUGGAUUUCCGAGUUAGUGAGAAGGAAUCCCAAUCUCUUCAGUCUGCCUUGGAUCAAAAUAAAAUACAACACAAAAUUCUAAUACACGAUCUACAAGAAGAGACUGAGAAACAGUUUGAUGUUGAAGAAGAUAUCCCUGGCAGGCACAGUUAUGCAAAAUAUAAUAACUGGGACAAGAUUGUAGCUUGGACUGAAAAAAUGGUGAAUAAGCAUCCUGAAAUGGUCUCUCGAAUUAAAAUUGGGUCAACUGUUGAAGAUAACCCACUAUAUGUUCUCAAGAUUGGAAAAGAUGAAAGAAGAAAAGCUAUUUUUAUGGACUGUGGCAUUCAUGCACGAGAAUGGAUCUCCCCAGCAUUCUGCCAGUGGUUUGUCUAUCAGGCAACAAAAAGUUAUGGAAAAAACAAAAUUAUGACCAAACUUUUGGACCGAAUGAAUUUUUAUGUUCUUCCUGUGUUCAAUGUGGAUGGCUAUAUUUGGUCAUGGACACAGAAUCGAAUGUGGAGAAAAAAUCGUUCUGUGAACCCAAACUCCAGCUGCAUUGGCACUGACCUCAACCGGAAUUUUGAUGCUUCAUGGCACUCUUCUCUAAACAAUGAUAAUCCGUGCAGUAACACCUACAGGGGCUCCUCACCAGAGUCCGAGAAAGAGACAAAAGCUGUCACUGACUUCAUUCGAAGCCACCUGAAAUCCAUCAAAGCUUACAUCACCUUCCAUUCCUACUCCCAGAUGCUUCUGUUUCCCUAUGGAUAUACAAAAAAAUGGCCACCCAACCAUAAGGACCUGAACAAAGUUGCAAAGAUUGGCACUGAUGUUGUAUCAACUCUAUAUGAAACCAGCUACAUUUAUGGUCCCAUAGCAUCAACAAUUUAUCCAGUAGGAGGUUCUUCUAUAGACUGGGCUUAUGACCUGGGCAUCAAAUACACAUUUGCCUUUGAGCUCCGUGAUAAAGGCAAGUUUGGUUUCCUCCUUCCUGAGUCAUUGAUAAAGCCAACCUGCAAAGAGACCAUGCUGGCUGUCAAAUUUAUUGCCAAAUACAUUCUCAAGCAUGCUUGCUAAACAAUCUCCCUUCAUUUGGAAUACACCAGCCCUUCAUGUAUGCAUGUGCCUCACGCCAGGAAGUCAAUCUUCCUGGACGUAGCUUCCACAUCACCUGAACAGGUCCUGAUUUUCCUCACUUAAGUCCUGCUUUUUAUUAUUUUUUUCUUUCAAUUUUUCCCACUAAUACCUUAGCAAAGUAGUUUUAAGUAAAAUCUGUAAGUACGUGUCUUUGCUAUAAGGAAAGUUUGACUCAUCAGAAAGCAUUUUUUUGUUGUUUUUUAGUAUUUUAAAAGAUGACAAACUGUAGGAUACAAGAAAGAAAUAAAAACUUGUAGUUUCUCUAGAAUCUUAUUUUUAUCACAUUGUUUCAUCAUGUUGUGUGCUGAUAUAAUGACAAAAUAAAUUGUAUUCAAUGCUUUUAAAAAUGCACCUUCUAUUUUUUAUAAAUUAUAUGCUCUGCAUUUCUCUAUUAAGAUUAAUAAUCAAGGUUUUUUAUUUUAUUCAUUCUGUUAAUAAGAAACAAUAUCUUUUGUUUUUAAAUAUCUGUUGCCCACAUACUUUUUCUGAUAAAAAUAAACAUUGUUUGAUGAGAAGAA